AUGGCGGAAAUAAAGCCCCUGUAUUCGACAUGUGUUGCUGUAUUAGGAUUUAUCUGCUUUGUAGUUGGCGCUACUGCAGUUGGAAUACCGAUGUGGGGCUAUUUCAGCACGCCUGUUGGGGGAUACAACGAUGAAGAAGGAUAUUUUGGACCAUGGAAAACCUGUAAAUAUUUGUUAUACAAUAGGGAACGAUGUGGAAAUAACGACUCAAGGUUUAGGCCCUCUGUUGUUGUAUGGAUAGCUGGUCUAGUAGCAUCAGUAGGAGUGGCCAUUCUUGGAGUAUUCUGCAUUUUAAGUGUCCUUCAGUUAGCCAUGUUAAAUUCAAGGGACCAAGUAGUUAUGAAAUAUAGUAUAGUUGUUAUAACCAAAGUUGGACUGGGAUUAUUAUCCGCGUUAUUGGCGAUAGCCGCUGCGGGCCUCUUUGCCUUACAAACCGACGACAGGGAACACAAUGGAUUCGAAAUCACCCGAGGUCCUGCCUUUUACAUUCAGUUGCUGUUAAUUUUUUUAAACGCUACAUUAUUUGUGAUGGCUCUCUAUGACAUGUUUUUUGCCAGAAGAGAGGGAGGAGAUCCUACUACAGUUUCAGUACCUGCCGAGGCAACGACCUAUGGAAAUCCUGGUUUUAGAGAACCGAGAACAAAUGGUAAUAGUGGCAUAUCCAUGACAGACGCCAGUGGCAGACCUUACGCCUCAAAUGGCAGCAUGGCUUCCAUGAACACGACUUCCACAACUGUUGCCUCUACGAACGGAUCAACUAUAGGUUCGUCCAUUACUAGAUCGCCUUUGCGGUCUAGUCUUAAAAAGCCAAAGCCUAAAGAAGGGCUUGGUAUCCAGAAUCCAGGUUUCUCUGGAACGUCACCAACCAUGACGAGGAACGGUAGUCAGAAAAAAGUAAGGAUACAGACGCAUAGCACUGAAGUUUAA